AUGAAAGUUCGCCGGUACCCCAAAGGACCAUUUCCUUUGCCUCUCAUCGGAAAUGCUUACAAUGUUUGAGCUGAACCGGUCUUUCCCUGAUCUAGAGGGUUGUUCAGUUCCCGAGAAACAACAUCCACCUGUACUUCGACAGCCUUUCCGAGCGGUACGGCCCAUGCUUCACCGUCUGGAUUCCCGUACCGGUAGUCGUCUUCACCGACUACACAUAUCUCAAGGAAGCUUACGUCACUCAACGUGAGAGCCUUUCAUCUGAAAUAUCCAGUAAAAGAAAGGUAGAAAAGAUUUUUUUUUUCUAGUUUUUCGUUCACAGGCAGAGUUCGAAAAUUCGCAAGCAAGAAAAAGUGCCCAAAAUAUUAAAAAUAAGAUUUCUAAUGCCUUGUUAGGGCUUUCUCGAAGAAAACUUUGUGAAGAGUUGAGAGAGAAGCUUAAAACAAACUUUCCGUGAACCCUUUUUGAACUUUUGAGAAGUUCGUGUUGACCGUUCAAGUAUUUCCCAAAACUCCAUUAGACCGUACGAAAUGCCAUGAAAGAUCUGAACAAUUCCUUUCGUAUCAAUCAGAAAAUUUUUCCCUGCUGAUAAACGUUGAAAUUCUGAACCACAGAAGACAAACUUUUCAGCCGAAGCUUUUCUCGGAAGAUCGCACAUGUCGCCGGACACCAUCCUCCAGAAGCAUCUCAACACGGGAGUCUUGUUUUCUGAUGGAGAAACUUGGCGAACCCAACGUCGGACUGCGCUGAAAAUCUUCCGCGACUUCGGUAUGGGCAAGAAUCUGAUGGAAGAACAGGUAUAGGACAGGCAAAAAGAGGUCAAAAGGAGUUUGUAGGUUUCCCGGUCGAUAUCAGAAAUGAUGGAGCAGCUGAAGGCGAUACCGGAGAAAACCGGCGUCGACAUGUUUCUGCCUCUACAGCUUUGCGUCGGCAACGUCAUCAACGAAACUUUACUAGGCUACCACUUCUCCUACAAAGAUCCCGCCAAGUUCGAGCACAUCGUCAACGUCGUCAGCCAACAUCUAAUCCUUUCCAGUGUAUUUUUGCCUCACGUAACUCACCUACAUUCAAUUUUGAGGAAUCUACUCUGGCGAUUCUGGUGGGAGUGUUUCCUUUUUUGCGUUACUUACCCUACAUCGGCUACUAUGGCUAUCGCAGAAUCGAAGAAAACAUAAAACCGGUUUUCCUUUAUUUUUCAACUUUCCUCUCUUUAACUUUGAGAUGACAGUUAGGAUCAUGAAACGCAAUAACCCACUCACGAAGAAAAACGAAGAAUUUGUAGCUUCACGACUUCAUAGAAGACGAAGUGGCACAACAUGUGAAGACUUUCAACGAAGACAGUGCCCCUGAAAACUUUGUCCACGCGUAUUUGGCCGAGAUGCGAAAGUCUCAAGAAGGACUCGAGUAAGUUCUCAAACAGUAUAUUAUAUUAUUUCUCAUCGAUAUUUCUUAGAGAUUUGUUUCAGCAUGAAAAACCUGACGGCGAUCAUCGUUGAUUUUUGGGUGGCCGGUAUGGAAACCACGUCUACGUCUCUCCGCUGGCACAUUCUGUACAUGAUAAAGUACCCCGAAGUGCAGGUACCAAUAUACUUGCGAAUCAAAGGGAACAGGGGCAUCAUAGAAACAGAAAGUUGAGAUUGGGUGUUUAAGGCUUCGAUGAGCAACACCAGCAAAAAAUAACUUUCCAUCAAAAACGAAACCACUUCUUCGAAAAUAGCUAACAUAUUGGUAAGGUCAAAACUAAGCGGCGACUAGACCUGAGACCUAGCUCGGAGUUUACCAAUAAACCCCAAAUCUAUGCUUCGAGAAAAAAAGAGCCUGCAGCGAAAAGUACGAGAAGAAGUUCUGAGAGUUGUCGGAAGUGACCGAAUGCCUUCGAUGACCGACAAACCUUCCAUGCCAUACACACAAGCCGUGAUCCAUGAGGUUCAGCGACACUCCAAUAUGAUUCCCGCCCUUCCUCCACACAAAUGUUCGCUCUAUCUAUUCGGCCUUCGAUUAUGAUCUUUUCAGGCUUCGAAGACGUCAAAGUCUUCGACAAAAAUAUCCCUGCCGGCACUUUGGUCUUCGGUCAGAUCUGGUCGAUUCUGAAGCACGACGAGGCUUUCAAAGAAUCUGAAACAUUUAAUCCCGAUAGAUAUCUUCAAGACGAUGGGAAGACUAUCAACAAAGUGUUCAGAGCUUUUUUUCUUAAAAUAAAUCGGCUUUUCCAGAUGGUUUUGGAACGAACGGUGCCUUUCAGCAUCGGAAAAAGAGCCUGCGCCGGCGAAGGCCUGGCGCGCUUGGAACUGUUUCUGAUUUUUGCCUCCUUGAUUCAGAAAUUCGAGUUUGUGGCGAAUGAGCCUAUCGACAUGACUCCUAUGUGGGGCGGAGUUCUGAACCCGAAGAGAUUUACUGUUAGUCUGGUUCCAGUUCAUUCUUCGGGCUCUUUGUAA